GUUCCGGAUCCAUCAAACGAUAAAAGAGUUAAAAACCCAGAAGAUAAGUGUGAUAAACCUCUCUGGCAAUUUCUUCUUCUUCUUCUCUUUUUCUUUGCUCUGCCAAAAAUGGCGAGUCUACUCGAUUCGUUGACAACCAGAGGGUUCUUCACCAUGCCCUCAAUUUCUAGGAUUUAUUCUCCUCUAGCUUCUUCAACUUCAUUGACUUCUUCACCAUCUUCCUCUUCUUCGAUUAUCCCAUCCUUGUCAGUUCUCUCUUACACUCACCAACACCCGCAUUCCUCUCGCUUCCCUUUCCUUGUUGCAGCAACUCUGGAUGGUUCCUCUGCUGAGGAAGAGCUAGAUUUCGAGGAAUUCGACCAAUAUGCUGAAGAUAACUUCGCAGAUGAUUAUUCGGAUGACGAAGACGACUCCAUCGAUAUCUCCGUUCUUGAGAAAGAAGCGAGAGAUAUCGUGAGAGAUUAUGCUACCACUCUGUCUCGCGAGCUCAAAAUCGAGGAUGAGACCAUUGAGGGGAAGGAAACUCGUAGAAAAGGGAAAAGGCUAGCCAAAAAUACACAGCAGAUACCAGAGCAUCUUCUCCAAAGAGUUGCUAUAGUUGGAAGGCCUAAUGUCGGAAAAUCAGCAUUGUUCAACCGCCUUGUUGGGGAGAAUAGAGCUAUUGUAGUGGAUGAACCUGGAGUUACUAGGGAUCGAUUGUAUGGUAGAUCAUAUUGGGGUGAUCAAGAGUUUGUGGUGGUAGACACCGGAGGAGUUAUGACUGUUUCAAAGUCACCAUCUGGUGUCAUGGAAGAGCUGAAUGUGUCAACCACCAUUGGCAUGGAAGGUAUUCCACUAAGCUCUAGGGAAGCAGCUAUUGCAAGGAUGCCUUCCAUGAUUGAGAAACAAGCUACAGCAGCUGUCGACGAAUCAGCUGUUAUUAUUUUCGUUGUCGAUGGCCAGGCAGGGCCAUCAGGUGCUGAUGUGGAAAUUGCAGACUGGUUGCGGAAGUACUACUCACAUAAGUAUAUCAUUCUCGCGGUGAACAAGUGUGAAUCGCCACGUAAAGGACUCAUGCAGGCUUCGGAAUUUUGGUCUCUAGGGUUCACACCUAUCCCUAUCUCUGCAUUGUCGGGAACUGGAACAGGAGAGCUGCUUGAUCUUGUUUGUUCUGGCCUAAUUAAACUCGAGAUCAUGGAGAACAUUGAAGAGGAGGAAGAAGAAAACUACAUUCCUGCCAUUGCAAUUAUUGGUCGGCCAAAUGUUGGCAAAAGUAGCAUUUUAAAUGCACUUGUCCGAGAGGAUAGAACAAUUGUUAGCCCUGUUAGUGGCACUACCCGUGAUGCUAUAGAUGCAGAAUUUACCGGACCAGAUGGGGAGAAGUUUCGGCUUAUAGAUACAGCUGGGAUCAGGAAAAAGUCAUCUGUGGCUUCAUCAGGCAGCACUACAGAGGCCAUGUCAGUGAAUCGUGCAUUUCGAGCAAUUCGUCGUUCUGAUGUUGUUGCCCUUGUCAUUGAAGCUAUGGCAUGCAUAACAGAGCAGGAUCUGAAGAUUGCAGAAAGAAUAGAAAGAGAAGGGAAAGGAUGUCUGGUUGUUGUAAACAAAUGGGAUACAAUACCGAACAAAAACCAAGAGACUGCAGCACAUUACGAGGACGAUGUUCGGGAGAAGCUCCGUUCCCUCAAAUGGGCACCUAUUGUUUAUUCAACCGCAAUAACUGGCCAUAGCGUUGACAAUAUUGUGGUUGCUGCUGCUACGGUUCAAAAGGAGAGAUCAAGAAGACUUAGUACGGCUAUAUUGAACCAAGUGAUAAGAGAAGCAGUUGCAUUUAAAUCCCCUCCAAGGACCCGUGGAGGCAAGCGAGGUCGCGUUUACUAUUGCACCCAGGCAGCAAUAAGGCCACCGACGUUUGUUUUCUUUGUAAACGACGCAAAGCUGUUUUCGGAUACGUACAGAAGGUAUAUGGAGAAACAGCUACGCACUGAUGCAGGCUUUGCUGGGACUCCAAUUCGGCUUCUUUGGCGUAGCCGUAAAAGAUCUGACAAAAAUGGAGGAGGUGGAGGAACAAUGAGAAUGGCAGGCCUUACACGUCAGAGAAAUCUUGCAACCAAAAGAACAUAAUAACCGACGAUGUAAUUUUGUUGUAUUGAAAAAUAAUUACUAUCAAUAUAUAUAUACAAUUCAAUCCUAGCUAGUCUCCAUUGCAACCUACUCUGUUUGUUUUUCGUUUUGAGCUUUGAAGUGAAAUUGCAGGAAUAGUAAACUCUAAUAAGUCUUCC